AUGCCCUCACCAGAGGAAACCGUGAAGCUCGUGCAGCAGAGCAUGGCUGUAUAUGUAAAGCCCAGAGAGCAGGCCGAGCAUGUCCGACGUGUCAUCGCAUAUCAUUUGCAAUCGACGGUUGAGGGUAGCCGCCCUGGCGGGCCUCUUUGCCUCAUCGACGCCUCGGCAAAUAUUUCCGAGCCAUAUCAAGGAAUUCGCGGCGCCACUCAAGAAUUCUUCAAGGCUUCGGCAGCCAACUCCAAAGCCUUGGAAGAGUUUGAGACUGUUCGAAAAGCCCACACUCAGCUGAACCAACCUGCCGGGCCUGUUAUCAAACCUAAUCGGUACGAGAUUCUCGACGACAAGCUCCACCUGAUCAACCAGCAAGAAAAGUCGGCUCGGCUAGGUACCCUGGAGCGGCACAUUGAUAUUCUCUCGGAGAAGCCUGCUACAAAUCCAGACUUCCUGUCUCUGAAGCCCAUCUUCAAGGACCUUAGACCGCUCGUGAAGGUCCCUCGCGAGAUUGUCGACAGCCUGGCAAUGGACGAGAACGCGGACCGGCGCGAUCUAGCCAGCUUAGUCGAAAAGUUAGACAAGGUCCUACUCAAAUCCAAGCUGCUCCUCACGCGGGAAGAGCAAUAUCUCCAAACUCUCAAGUCACAAAUUUCGCUGGACCCCAGAUCCGUUACCCCCUCUGCCAAGGCUCGGGCUCUCGACACCACGCGCAAUGAGCUCAUCAACUGGAUUGAAUCGGAGCUAAGCAAGGCCUCGACCAACGCUGAUGAUUCAGAUGCAGGCCACGACUCGGAUUCGAGUCAUGGUCCCAGUACCAGCGGCGAAAAGCCUGGCGAAGAAGAUGAGGUAGCGAAGAAGACACGCCAAACCAUAAUGACAAAGCUGGGAACUGUUAAGGAGAGUUACCAACUCUAUGUCGCCGCCCGAAAGUCUCUCGUGGCUGCACUGAAAGAGCCCGUAUCCAUGUCUGCGAGGCCCGUCGCAGAGCCGCCUGUCAGGCAACCGCAGGAGUCACCGGCCACGACUGAAGGGUCUUCUGGCACGGCAUCAUACCUCCUACUACCUUAUCUCUCUAAACUAUCCGAAUUAACCGCAGCUCAGAAGGCCGUCAUAGCAUAUAAAUCACAUUUCAACGUGGCACUCGCGAAACAGCUCAAAGAGGCAUGCCAAAUCAUCGACCACUUAGUGCCAGAGAGCCAACUUCUUCCCCAAUUCCCUUGGCCAGCCUCGGAACGAGCCAAACACUUGAAUCCAGGCUCAUUAGAUCACUUGACAGCUGCCGUCUCAGACCAGCCAGACCUCUCAAGCCAGAUCAAACCCUGGGUCUUUGCCUCGGAUUCUGCCAGAAUCGCAACCAUGGAAACCGUGGCCGAGAGCAUAGAGGAUGGUCAGGUGGGCAUAGAAAGCAUCAACAAGACCUUGACCGAGAUUGCCAGUCUGUUUGGAGAAGUAAAUGGAGAUUCAGCCUCAAUCUCACAAGGCGAUCCUUGGGCAGAUCUGGCCCUCGACCUCGGCCUUCUAGGCCCUAAACCUCGACCCUGA